AAGUAAACUUUGCAGAUAACCUCAAUAUUUUAUGUAAUAAUUUUUAUUUAAGCUCAAGUUAGAUAUUUUCUUAAAAUAUUUACUUAUCGCUAUCAAUAUGACGGUAUAUUUAUCCAGAAUUGUGUGUAAUUCAGUGCGUAGUUCUUAUAUAAAAUGUUUGAAUAUGCCGGAGCAAAUGUCGCAGCAGUGUAGGUUUUUCUCGAUAAAGAGAGAUUUAUUUAACUUGCCCCGUGUUAUAAUAGCGAGGAAAAGCUCCAGCGAUGCUAUUCACCCUACCGUAGCCUUAGAAAACUCGAGUAUACCGUUGAAAAAGAAGAUAAUUCACAAGAAAGCUGAUUUAGAUGAUCUGACGAAGAAGGAAGGUCAUUACCUAACUCUGGCGUACGUGACUGCAAACAGCUAUGACCUGAAGGGUUUGAAAGAGGCCCUGGUGCAGCAGAAGCUCUACGAACCGGCCACGCUCCAAGCACAAGAGGUGGGCGAUGUGGUGAUAGCCAAUGCGGUGUACUCCGUUGGCUCAGAGCCAAGACAGAUCAUAUUCUUCCGCGAAGGUGCUGUGGUGUUCUGGAAUUGCACUGAGUUAGAGGCCAGCAAUGUGUUAGACUUGGUUCGCAGGUUUGAAGUAGACAGCUACCCAAGAGAUGUGGUUGAAAAGGAAAGAGAAGUCAUGACCUACUGCUAUCAACCAAAUGCGAAGAAAUGCUACCUACAAGAAGAAGGGUUUGUGCUGGUGCCUCACAAAGAUAACUUAUUGGAGAAGUUCACAUUCAGCCACGCCAUGACCCAGUCGGCCAGGCUGGGGGCCUGGGAGUCGCGGCUGGAAGCCCUAGCGGCGGCGGUCAGGCAGCACUCCUCGUUGAUGGAGAGGCAUGGAGCAGCCAACGUGGAUAAGAAAGAGAUCGUCCGCAAGCUAGGCGAGCUGUUCUCCUUACGGCACCAGCUGAACGUGGAGUCAGACCUGUUAGACACGCCCGACUUGUACUGGGAGCAGGAGCAGCUCGAGCGAAUCUAUUCCAGCACCGUCGCCUGCUUCACCAUCGCCCGGCGGACACGGGUCCUCAACGAGCGUCUGGCCCACUGCGUGGAACUCCUCGAGCUGGUCUCCCAGUGGGCAGCAGACAGACACCACGUGCGGCUGGAAUGGAUGAUCAUCGCGCUCAUCCUGGUGGAGGUGUGCUUCGAGCUGCUGCACUUCUUCGAGAGGAGUUUCACGACGGAGUGGCGGUAUGCAUCCCCGCAGCGCGCGCCGCUUCCUACCGCCUUCGAGGACUCGCUGCUGCAAGAGAUAUUCAUACUCGAUACGUGAUGCUAAUGUUUUACUUUAAUUUGCUAAGCUAGGAUGCGCCGUGAUAUAAUCUUAUCGACGAAGACGACAAAUGUAUGGGCUUAUCGCGUAAAAUCGAUAAAAUGGCGCGAUAAACGCUUAUCGUGGCGCGCAUCCUAGGUCUACAGGACACGUUACAUACGCCCGUACUCACAAACAUUAGUAAGAGGUCUCACAGUGCGCGUGGACGCACAGGGUGACACACAAACCAAUCACA